UCUCUGCGGCUGCGUUGUUUCAUCCUGUCAUCCCGUCAGGUUGCAAUAGAAGGACAUUAUACAACACUAUUCUCAUUGUUUUUUUCCACGAUAAAUAGUGUUUUCAGUCUGAUACACAGCCAUGAAUCCUGAUAUUAUGAAAGAGCGGCAAAACGCCACUUUUGACGUUGAGAAACUGACUAACAUUUUAGACGGGAGCCCAGAGAAGACCAAAAGAAGACGAGAAAUUGAGUCAAUGGUUCUCAGCGACCCAGACUUUAAGGAGGAGGACCCAAACUUCUUGUCCCGCAGUGAGCGCUAUGACCAGGCUGUUCGAAAAAGUGCCCAAAUGAUCCUGAAACUCAGAGAGUAUGGCAUUGCAGACCCAGAGGAGAUCUACUGCUAUAAGAGCUGUGUGCACCCCGACAGGCCAGAGCCCUUGGAUCUUCACUUGGGGAUGUUCCUGCCCACACUGCUCAACCAGGCCACCCCAGAGCAAAUGGACCGUUACUUCAUGCCCGCUUGGAACCUAGAGAUCAUCGGCACCUACGCACAGACUGAGAUGGGCCACGGCACGCACCUCAGAGGGCUGGAGACCACCGCCACAUAUGAUCCAGCCACACAGGAGUUUGUCCUGAACAGUCCCACUGUCAGUUCCAUCAAAUGGUGGCCUGGAGGACUUGGAAAGACCUCAAACCAUGCCAUAGUCCUAGCCCAGCUUUAUACUCAGGGAAAUUGCCAUGGUCUGCACGCUUUCAUCGUGCCCAUCCGUGACAUGAACACACAUGAACCCCUGCCAGGUAUUGUGGUUGGAGAUAUCGGCCCCAAGUUUGGCUUUAAUGAAGUUGACAAUGGCUUUCUGAAACUAGAGAAUGUACGAAUCCCACGGGAGAACAUGCUGAUGAAAUAUGCCAAGGUGGAGCCAGAUGGAACCUAUGUGAAGCCACCAAGUGCAAAGCUGACCUACGGCACCAUGGUGUUCAUCCGCUCUAUGAUUGUAGGCGAAUCAGCUCGGGCCCUCUCCAAGUCCUGCACAAUUGCCAUCCGCUACAGUUCUGUCCGACACCAGUCUGAACUUCGGCCGGGAGAGCCAGAGCCCCAGAUCCUCGACUACCAGACGCAGCAAUACAAGCUGUUCCCUCUUCUGGCUAUGUCCUAUGCCUUCACUUUUGUUGGCCAGUAUAUGAGGCAGACCUACCACCGCAUCACUGGAGACAUCAACCAGGGGGACUUCAGUGAACUACCUGAGCUCCAUGCUCUGUCUGCGGGUCUGAAGGCCUUCACCACGUGGGCAACCAAUGCUGGAAUUGAAGUGUGCCGCAUGUCGUGUGGUGGCCAUGGCUACUCUCGCAGCAGUGCCUUGCCUGACAUUUACGUCGAGUUCACCCCUACCUGCACUUAUGAGGGUGAGAACACAGUAAUGAUGCUGCAGACUGCAAGAUACCUGGUGAAGAGCUACCGGCAGGCUAAGAACGGCCAGCAGCUGAGUGGCAUCGUGUCGUACCUGAAUGAAGCAGAGUAUCGGAGAGUGCAGCCCCAGCCGGUCGCUGCUAGACCAACUGUGGUCGACAUUAAUGACCUGGCGAGUCUGGUUGAGGUCUACAAACUACGAGCUGCCAUCCUAGUAGAGAUGGCAGCUAAGAGCAUCCAACAGGAGUUGCAGCGCAGGAAGAGCCAGGAGGACGCCUGGAACAACAGUGCUAUCGACCUGGUCAGAGCUUCAGAUGCCCACUGUCACUACGUUGUAGUGAAGCUCUUUACUGAUAAGCUGGGGGAGAUUGGCGACACAGCCAUACACUCAGUGCUGUCAACCCUGGCUCUACUCUACGCCCUGCAUGGCAUCACACAAAACUCUGGAGACUUCUUACAGGCUGGACUACUGACUGUGCCCCAGGUGCUGCUGAUGUCUGUUCGUAUUAAGGAGCUGCUGUCUCAGCUGAGGCCCAAUGCUGUGGCGCUGGUAGAUGCCUUUGAUGUCCAUGACAAGAAGUUGAACUCGGUCCUGGGACGAUAUGAUGGAAACGUCUAUGAGCACUUGUUUGACUGGGCUCGCCGCUCACCCCUGAACUCCACAGAGGUACAUGAAUCCUUCCACAAGUACCUGAAGCCCCUGCGGUCCAAACUGUGAGCUGACCCUUGAACCUUCAUUCCUGGCUCGGACCCUUCAACUUUUCUUGUAUAGGCACAACCAUAGCAGUACUAACCCAUCAUAUCCAAUCCAUGAUGGUCCUCACUCACCAUCAGCAGCUGGUUUUUCCCAGUAUGAAAGAAUCUAGACUUCCCUACUCUACUCAUUAUCUCUCUGUGGUGAAUCAGCCUCUCUAAAGGCCAUCGUAUACUGACACGCUUGUCCUCUUGGGUGAGAGUUUUGGACAACAAAGGGUGUAAAACCAAGAGUGAACAACCUUAAACAAUCUGAAGUUUAUUAGAAAGAAAAGGGGAAUGGAUACAAAACCACGAAUUAAAGUUAUAUCUUAAAAUCUCUAAUUAAGUCAAUAUUUUGAGGCCAAAAAAACAGCUUUAAGAAUUCUGAAUAUUAAUCAAGUAUUUCCAGUUUUCGUUGCCAUGUUUUCUGUAGAGAAAUUCCAUUGUGUGCCUGAUGGCUCCUCUGUGUGAGCCAGUCAGAAUGGAUUUGCCAUCUCUUUUUUCCCCAACAAGACCAGAAUGUUAUUAUGAAUGUUACAUAAUGUUCAAGCGAACAAACCAACAGCAAAAUCAGUUUUAGUUGUUUCCCCUGACUACAAGGACCAACAUGCUAUUUAAAAUAGACAUUGUACUGUUCGUCAUAAUAGUUGUUAAAGAGGCUUUAAUUUGUCCAUGACUGUAGGCAUCAACAAAAAAAUUCACAAGGAUGAAGUUUUCCUCUUCACAAGUCUGCGGCCUAGCAGAUUAGAACAGAAAUCAAACAGAAACAUCAAGUGAAGAUUAAAAUUAUUCCCCUGUAAAAUACUCUGGGUUAGGGUUAGGGUUAGGUGAUAAUACCACUUUGAACCUUCUGCUACAUAAAACCUCUUAAGAUACUAGAGUAAUAAGAAUUUAAUUACUAUUUUGAGUAUCAAACACUCAACCCCAGGAGGAUAGAAAGGUAGCUGUUUGUGUAGGUAGUUUCUUCCUUUUCUUCCUCAUUGUCUGUGUGUCCACAUGAAUUUUGAAUGUGUAUGUGUCACAGCAAGCUUUUGGCAGAAAAUGGUCUAAGAUGAAGUAUGUCAAGUGUGUGAGAAGCACCUGUGAGGACAGGUAAUAUGAAUUUCUGACAGUUAUUGAGUGUUUAAUGAAGCCAUGUAUGCACUGUAUAUGUGCAUUAGUAUUCCCCCUCCCUGCUGUGUGGGGUCGAUAUAAAGAAAGGUUACACCUCAGCCAACACCUGCAUGGAUUCUUUUUUAAAAGUUUUCAAUCAAGUACAUUUCAUACUACAAACUUUCAGUACAUCUAUUGUUAAAAUGCUGUGAUGUUCCAACAUGAUUGAAAUAUGUGCAAACUGGAUGACUUUUUCAAUAUCACUGCUCCCCUAUUUUUGUUAUUACAGUUUCAGAAUUGGUGGAUUUAUGUUUUUAGUUUAUGUCAGCCUGCUGUAAUUUAUUUUUCUCUGUCAUCAAUCAAGUAGGUACUGAGGCUGGUGAAUAAAAGUAGCAACAUAACUACACAACAUAAACUUUUAUGAGAUUUUGUGACUGAUGAAAAGGAGGUUCUUUAAUCUAAAGCCUCACUGUGAACUGUAAAGAUGAUUUGUAUGAUAAAUUUGUGCCUGAGGAAGCUUUCUUUCCCUAAUCAAACUAAUUGAGAAUGUUCUCAAAAAGGUUCAUAGCAUUUCAUUUCUGUAUUUACACAGACUUUUAAUCAGUUGACACAAUAUAACCUUAUGUAAUGACUCAGUUGUUUAUUAAGCAUAUUUGUGUGAUAAUUUGUUGACAUGUUUUCUUGAAUAACAAUGAUUUUAAACAAUGUCAUUUUAACAGUUGGUAAAUAAUUUGACCUGUAAUUUAUAUUAAUAAAAAAUUAAAUGAUCA